AUGUCUCUGGGCUCGUCUGCAGAUGACGCUGAGGGCGUCGCCGUCUGCUUUCACGCUUUCCGUGCCCCUCUCCCUGAACAUACGGCGGAGGUGACCUCUAUCAUUUCCGACCUAUACGCGAUCAGCGCAUCGCUGUCGCAUUUGGAGGAUCUAGACAGGGACCUGCGCUAUCGCCGUAACUUCAGACUCUAUUCAGACCCGCUUUCAUUGACCCUGGCAAGUCUCAAAUAUACCCUCGACGACAUUCUGGCAUUUCUCCACAACCUCGAUUACGAUAACAGUCCGACAGCAUAUAAGCGCGUAUGGGUGGGAUUGAAGGACCACUUUUGGGUCGAGGCACAAGCUCCUCUAGCGACUCGUCUAGCAAAGUAUAAGACAAUCCUUAGAGAGAUAGGCGACUUGGUGAAAGAGUAG